AUGGGUAGCAUUGGGACUCACAACGGCACUUUUCACUGCGAUGAGGUUUUGGCUUGUUUUCUGUUGAAAAAGUUACCGGAAUUUUCCUGUUACGAAGUUCUUAGGACUCGUGAUUCUAAGCAGCUUGAUGAAUGCAACGUAGUUGUAGAUGUUGGAGGCGUGUAUGAUCAUUCAAAAAUGCGAUACGAUCAUCAUCAAAAAGAUUUUAACUGCACAAUGAAAUCCUUGGGGGUUCUUAAUUACGACACUAAAUUAAGUUCUGCUGGCCUGGUCUAUGCUCACUAUGGCAAAAGUGUUAUUGCUCGUCUCUUAAAUCUGAAAAACGAUGACCCGAAAGUCGCUUGUUUAUUUGAAAAACUUUACGAGACAUUUGUUGAGUCAGUAGAUGCAAUUGAUAACGGCAUCCCACAGUACGAUGGUAUUCCCAGGUAUCGUUUGUGCGGAACAUUAUCCGGUCGCGUUCGUCAUUUGAAUCCAAUGUGGAAUGAAGGUGAUGUGAACGUGGACCAAAGAUUUCGUGAAGCUAUGAAGAUGGUUGGAAAUGAAUUCGAGAACGCAGUAAAUUAUCUGUUUCGUAGCUGGCUGCCUGCUAAAGAUAUAGUUGCAGAAGCAAUUAAGGAAAGGUUUAAGGUCGAUGAGAGCGGAAAAAUUGUCUUGCUUCAGAAUGGUGGUGUUCCUUGGAAGGAACACUUGUUUAGAUUAGAGAAAGAACUAAAAGUGGACCCGUUAUGUUGCGUAUUUUAUGUUGUCUUUUCUGAUCAGUCUUCAGGAACAUGGAGGGUACAAGCGGUGCCUGUCAGCGAAAAUUCUUUGUUUGUUAACAGGUUGCCUCUUCCAGAGGACUGGAGAGGUUUAAGGGACCAGGAGUUAAGUGAGGUUUCUGGAAUACCGGGAUGUAUUUUCGUACACGUUUCGGGCUUUAUUGGCGGGAAUCAGUCAAGUAAAGGCGCAAUUGAGAUGGCAAAGAAGGCUUUAAAACGUGCAGCGUAG